GCCUGCACGGAAGAGUGCUCCAGGCGUGCCCGCUGCAUGAGGGGCUGUGUGGCUUGGUCACUGGCCCCUUCUCUUGCCACUCCGAGCAACUUUCCCAAGGGGAGGGCAGAGCCUUCCAGCCCCCUGUACCCUUCCCACCAGCACGGAAAUGUCUUAGAAUUUCUGCCCAUGGGGACCAGCCAGGACGGCAGUGGGAUGCUCAGAGGUGAGGACUCACUGUCACCUGCCCCAAGUUGCUCCGACCUUACCUGGCCCUGGGGGUGGAACCACCUGGGAAUGAUGGGCCCGAGGAGAUCAGUGUCAGCUCCUCAAAAUGUGGGAGUCUCGCAUCCCCAGUGGCCCUCCCAAUCUUUGGGACUGUCGUGCUGUGCACUGGCCGGGAGGAGUGUGUGCCCCAGCCGCUGACACAGACCCCUGCUGGAGCAGACGGAGGCGGAAGGCCGGCAGAUAGCCUAGCGGAACCAGCCGCAGAGCAAGCACAGAGUGGCCUGUCACCCAGGGACACAUGGGACACACGGGCAGGCAGGUGGGCAAGCUGAGCCAGUUUCACUUCUUGGCUACGCUUUCAGGUCUAGACGUGCCCAUAAGUCGCUCCAUCACCUGAGAUCCGUUAUAAUGCAGCUUAGUGGCCAGUAUAGUGCCUGGUGUCACUUGUGGCCGUAGAUAUAGUAGUCUGAAGUGACAUGGUGUCCGGAGCACAGAGACAGGCAGGAGGCCCAGGUGUGUGUGUGUGGAUGCCAGCCAGCCACGGGAGGCUCCUGCCCACCCCACAGGUCGCCCUGAAUACCUCCAUCAACCACCGCGGCCCAGGCCCGCGUUUCCUCUUCACCCUGGAUGGCUCCCCCAGCCUCGCCCCUCCUCCUGAAUGUCAGAACAGCUUUCUGCACUUGCACUUGUCUUGAGGGAAGCAGAGAAUUUCAGUUGGCAAAGAGGAGGACAGGUAAGGAUGUGUGAGGCGAGGGUGAAGACGCAUCCUUCCAGGCCGUCGCCCUCGGCCCCCAGAAUCACCCCUCUCUCUCCUGGCGGAGGAAGGAGGUGGGAGGAGGGGAGCUCCAGCCAGGAACCAUCCACCCAGCGGCUGGAAACACCUGCCCACAGCAGGUCCCUGAGGGCUCUGCAGAGGGUGUGGCAAGCGUCCUCUUGCUCCCCGUUUGGGCCGCCCUGAGCGCAGCCCUGAGGGCAGCCGAAGGAAGAAGGGGCCGAGAACGCCAUCUGGACACGGGCCUCUGUGACCACCUGAGCCUUUUCAGGUGUCUGCCUCAGGUCCGGCAGCUCCCCCUACAGAUAAUACAGCUGGAGGUGUAAGAGGCUUAGGUGGGUCUCCACGGCAACCGCAGAUCAGGAGCUGGCCCCGCCCGGUUAUCAGAGGAGCUGUGCUUCCAGCCUGCUGGGAGACACAGGCACACUGCUCCAGACACCAGGCUGGAUGCCCCCUCUGGCCAGCGCUGUUUUCUCUCCGCACAAACUCCGAGAGACGGACAGAAAGGGAAGAGCGGGAGGCCGCAGCCAGCCACCAGAGAGAGAGAGAGAGAGGAGGGAGACGCUUAGGAUGUAGCUGUCUCUCUACCCUGCCCUCCCUCGGCUGCCGAACUUUCUGCUUUUCCCUGAAAAGAUCCAGACACUCUCUCCUCCCAGCCUGGGCAGCGGAGAGCAGGACUCUGCUGGACCUUCUACCGCAGCAGGGGCCGACCUCAGAGAGCCAGCCCUAUCUUGUCUUACAGAAUCAGAAAUGGCUGCUCAGGGAGGUUAAGCGACAGCUGUGAGGACAGAGCAGGUCUUCCUACUUGGGGUCCAGCUCUCCUCCCUGCUCCUUGUUCCCCCGCCCCCGCCCUGUGACCGGCAGAGGGGCCCAGAGAAGACACCUGCGCUCUGCCCAGUCUCAGCGGGGCCUGGGGGGCCAUGUCCCUCAUCCCGUGGCUCCGGUGGAGUGAGGCCCUGCCCCGGCCCUCAUCCCGGAGUCCGGCCGAGAUGGUGCUGGACACGCUCAUGAUGGAGCUGCUGGGGCAGAUGCGGGAGGCUGAGAGGCAGCAGCGGGAGCGCAGCAACGCGGUCAGGAAGAUCUGCACCGGAGUGGACUACAGCUGGCUGGCCAGCACGCCCCGGGCCACCUAUGACCUCAGCCCCGGUGAGCGGCUGCAGCUGGAGGAUGUCUGCGCCAAGAUCCACCCGUCCUACUGUGGGCCCGCCAUCCUCAGGUUCAGGCAGCUGAUGGCCGAGCAGGAGCCCGAGGUGCAGGAGGUGUCCCGGCUCUUCCGCUCGGUGCUGCAGGAGGUGCUGGAGAGGAUGAAGCAGGAGGAGGAGGCCCACAAGCUGACUCGGCAGUGGAGCCUGCGGCCCCGGGUCAGGACCCACGCGCGCAUCUCUCCCUUCGCCAGCGACAUCCGCACCAUCUCUGAGGACGUGGAGCGGGACGCGCGGCCACCGCCCCGGACUUGGAGCAUGCCCGAGUUCCGGGCGCCCAAAGAGGACUGACCCGUCUGCCCCUGCCCGGCUCGGGAGCAGAGCCACCUGUGGGAGGGCAUGGAAGACCUGUGACUACCCGGGUCUUGGAACCUCCCCUCCAGCCCCUGGCCAGGGGGCCAGAGGCAGCCCCUCCCUACUCCACCCCGCCCCCCUCCCACCCUCUCCCUCUCCCACUGGGCGUGGGACACAGGGCCCAGACCAGCGCUUGGAGCUGCAGCAGGGUCCCCACCCUCCCCAAGCCAGUCACCAGUCGCUGGAGCAGCCCCUCUCAGCCUUGCAGAGUCUAGGCCUUGGCAGACAGACCACAGCCCAUCCCGUCUCUGCUUCUGCCUGGAAGGGGCAGAGUUGCCCUGCCUUUUUGCCAAGACCUGCGUCCUCAUCCCAGCUUUGGAGUUCUCCCAUUCACCCCAUCCCCCUGGGUAACGAUGAGGGACCUGUUGGGGGGUGUCCAUUCUCUGCUGGUGACUGGCUGGUCUCACCACUGCAGGUGGGUCACAGCCUCGUGAGUCAGCAGAGCUGGAAGGGGCCACAGAGGUCACAGGUCCACUCUGCUGGCCAGUGAAGGAGGAAACUGAGGCUCAGAGAGGGCCGGGCCCCUUCCUCCUUCAACGGCACCCAGAUCCCUGCAGGUGGCGAGAAUGUUCCUGUAUGCGGUCUCUGUCCCCGAGUCCUUGAGUCCUGGGCUGUGACGGGACAGGUCCAAAGACUGCGUCCACACCUGCCUGUGUCUGACCUUUAGCUUACCUUGGCAUUGGCAUCUACGCUGCUCCCCAAGAAAGGCAGCUGGGGCGGGGGUAGAUUGCUAUCGCCCCACCCCUUGGUGCCAUCACCUGGGAGGCUGCCAGUCCCCAGCAGUUUCGUCCAGACGCCCCCCAACUCUCUGCUCUGGGGAGCCCGGGUCUUUGAUCCUGGGCCCUUCCGAACCCAAGCAUGCCUGCUCUUGGCUUUCCCCGGGGAAGGCAGUGCCCAAACCCCUCACUGACGUCGAGGCACCUGCAAUGUUUCAGAAGAGCCUCCCUACAGGUUAGACCUUGGCGAUGGGCAUGUGGGUUUUCCAUGGGGUGGAUCGCCCACAGCGAAGAGGAAGGCCAGGUGGCCUCCCCACACUCCAGGCUGAAGUGGGGGGUGGGGGAUGGGUGGGGGAAGUGUCCCCAGUUAUUCGUGCACACUCAGAAAAUGUGAGUGGAUCUUAACAGUGAUGUAAAUAAGAUGCCAGAAGAUAAGUCAGCAGGGGAAAUCCAUAUAUUCUUCACCAACCUCAGUGGAAAAAAAAUUUUUUUAAUGAUCUGAUUUUGAAUUAUUUUCACUCAGAUCUAGACAGAGAAUCGUAGGGUGGAGAAAAACCUCUUGUCUGACACUGUUGGGAUGGAGUUGAUUAGCUCACUCACAUAAUUGGUAAAAGUUGAGAAUCAUCUCAAUAAAAAAAAAUCUUCAACAUCUUA